AUGGACAAUUUCUCAACCGGUGCUGAGAGGGUAAACUGUAAUAUCAGCUACUUAUCGCGUGAUCCACCGAAACGUGCUAUAACAGACCCUGUCAAGCAUCAGGCUUCUGUCCCUGGGUGGGAAAAUAAACCAUCUAAGAAAGAAGCUGAUGAUUACAAAGCUAAAACCUUAGAAAUGCUGGGCACAAUUGUCUGUCCACUAAACAUGGAUAUCCCAUUAACUGUUGAUCACCGCCACCCCAACGCCCCACGCCCCACGCCCCACGCCGACUUGCUCAAAAAUCCCACCGAUGCGGCGGUGCUACAGAAUGCUAAGAAAGAACGGGUGGACAAGUGUAACUGUUCUCAUCCUCGUUCUGAGGACUGUGUACUUGUUCACGUACAAAAGGCAAGGAGCUGGAUCAAGGAGCAGUUGGGUGAGGAAGCUUUCAAAAAUUGUGGGCUUGAUGUAAUGGGUGAUCAAGUUGAAGAGUUAUGGACCGCAGUUGACAAAAAGAAACUUGAAGAUGUUUACAAGUCGAUUCCUCAGAAUGAACAUCAGACAUUCAUGAAGAUUGCCUUAAAGGAGCACAGUGACAAGGAAAAAGAGCGUUUGGCGAGGUAUUACUACAAUGUGUUUCUUCCCAGAAGAUUAGCAAGCUUUACCAGGGCAGGGCAUAAGCAUGAAGAUGUUGACACGGGUGAUGAAAAGAGUAGUGAAAGUGAUGACAACAAUGAACGUCGUCCUCGGAAGAAGAGUAAAAGCUCUGGAUCUUCUUCUUCCAAAAGGUGCAGAAAGUGGAACAUCCAGAAGAAUCGAUGAGUGGGCCAACAGUUACGUUGCAGCGGAAGAAAAUUUGACAGUUUGUUGCAGUAGAAGGAGAAUUAACAGUUUUGUUGCAGUAGAAGAAGAUUGGGGAACUUCAGAAAGUUUUCGAUGACUUAGUAAGCCGUUCUUAGUGACAGAGUUUGGAGUAAGAUCGGAGACUGUGGUUAUGGAUCUCCAGCGAUCGUAUAAGUACAUGGUUCUUAGCUUAGGUACUGGCAAUGAACAUAGUAAGCAGGUUUGGCCGCCACUGAGUAGACACAUUUCAGAGUAAACAUGUGUUCAUGAGUUUUGUUCGUUUCCUUUUGCUGUUGUUAUGUGCAAUGCACAAAGGGGAGACGGGAAGGUGGU